CGGCGGCGGCGGCGGCGGGGGCGCGUUGGGACUGGAGCCGGAGCGCGCUGGGCGCAGGGUGCAGCGAGCGGGAGCGCGGCGGCCGCGAGUUCCGCGGAGGGACGGACGAACGGAUCGCGGGAGGGACGGACACACAAGCACGCCUCGCCGCCGGUCCCCCGCCCCGCCUCCUCCACCCACUGGCGCCCACGCCCUCCCUGCGCUGCCUCCUCUGCAUGGCACAAACUUUCCUCCCGGGACGGAACACGCUGUCUCAGGGAGCCCGCACCCGCGCCUUCUUCUCAGCUAGUUCGGAACGCUGCUGAGAUGGGUUGUAGAUUGAACAAGUUAGAGAAACGCGAUGACAAACGGCCUGGAAAUAUCUAUUCGACUUUGAAGAGGCCUCAGGUUGAAACCAAGAUAGAUGUGUCUUAUGAAUACCGCUUCCUGGACUUCACUACCCUGACUGCUGCUGAGCUCCCGCGGUCUUCAGCAGUAAGGCUGGCCUCCCUGCGAGACCUGCCUGCCCAGCUCCUGGAGCUGUAUCAGCAGGGCUUCUCACUGGCGGCCCUGCAUCCUUUCGUGCAGCCAACCCACGAGCAGGAGAAGACACCCCUUGAGCACAUCUUCAGGGCCAUCCUGAUCAAGAAAACCGAAAGAUCUCAGAAAACUGAUCACAAUGAAGACUACAUCUUGGAAUUAGAUUGCUGUUCCUCCUUAGUUCACCAGACAGACAAAAAAAUCAUCCCAGAGUUCAUUGAGAAGAUCCAGGAGGCUGCGAGUAGAGGCCUAAAAUUUGUUGGCAUCAUACCUCAGUAUCACUGCUCUGUGAACUCAGCAGGCAGCAAUCCCAAGGCGGAUGCCAGAGAUUUGAGAAAGGAGCCUGGCAGAGUUGGGGAUAAUGAGAACCCUGGCACUCCAGAAGAGAUGGACGGAAGCCCAGAGCCAAGCCAGGGCCCCGGAGGGGAGGCACCCAUCGCUGAGCAACCCAGCUUGCCCUUGGAAGAGGGGGAUGCUGCAGAAUUUUCACCGCUCAGGGUGAGCAAGAAUCUGGAUGGACCAGACAGUGACCCAUCAGAAGUACGUGAGGAGCCACUCUCAGGAAAAAUGGAAAUCUUCACCCUUUUCAACAAACCGAAGAGCCAUCAGGAGUGCCGGCAAUACUAUCCCGUCACCAUCCCUCUUCGGGUCUCCACGAACGGCCAGACGGUGAGCAGCUUGGAUGCCAACUGGCUGGAGCACAUGAGCGACCACUUCCGGAAAGGAGGCGUGCUGGUGAAUGCAGUCUUCUACCUUGGCAUGGUCAAUGAUUCCUUACGCAGCUUGACAGAUGGAGUAUUCAUCUUUGAAGCUGUUUCCCCAGAAGAUAGCAAAACCAUGCAGGGCUAUGAUGCUAUUGUUGUCGAACAAUGGACGGUCCUGGAAGGUGUUGAGGUGCAGACAGACUGUCUGGCAGCCUACGGCUGGCAGCUCACCUGUGUGCUACCAACUCCCGUCGUCAAGACUAACAGGGAGGGAAAUGUGUCCACCAAGCAGAUUGUCUUUCUUCAGAGACCAUGUCUACCUCAGAAAAUCAAGAAGAAGGAGUCAAAGUUUCAGUGGCGAUUCUCCCGAGAAGACAUGCACAGCAGGCAGAUGAGGAAAUCCAAAGGAAAACUCAGUGCCAGGGACAAGCGACAAGCAGAAGAAAAUGAGAAGAAUUUAGAAGACCAGUUUUCCAAAGCUGGAGAUGUGGGAAACUGUGUGCUGAGCCAGCAGCAAGAAGAAGGAGCCUCUGAGGAAAUGAAGGUCCAAGAGGUCACAGGAAAACAGCUGUGUUCUGACAGCCGAUGCUGUGUGGAGAAUGGUCCUGCCGGCCACUGCGGGGCACCGGAGGGGGGUUGUGAGGGGCACUCGGGUCCCGGAGACGAUGCCAGGGAGGGAGGUGCUGAGGAAGUGGCUGCAGAGCCCGAGACAGCAGAAGACAACUGAGCCUCGGGCAGUUGGAGCUAAAGCCAGAAGAGUUGGCCAACCCAGGGCACUGUGCCGGCAGCCGGGUCGGGGCCUGGUUUGCCCUGGUGUCCCCUGUUGCUCUUUGGCUUGGUUUGACCUCUCCUUGUGAGCUCGCCCGGGCCCUCCAAGGGCCGGCUCCCUGACAGUGUUGGUUUCUGCACAUGCAUUUGAUACGUGUUGUAAUGCCCCAGUGUUAGAAUGCAGGAGGUCGGGUUAUUUCUUCUAGACCUCGGGGCUGGAAGCCCAGCCCUGGCUCCGUCACUCCUCAGUGGGAGGGUUGGAUCAUCCAGUGCCUGUAUCUGCCCCGCCAGGGCCUCCAGGGAGCAUUCGGGUCAAGUCCAUGGGCCUCCCUGGCUACAAACCAAGACUGUGUGAUGUUCAUUCCCACACCCCACAGGGGCAGUGUCCGUCCCUUGCUGUUUUCCACAGCUACCUGGUAAUCGUAACAACCCCUGGAGCCCUGUCAGCUGCUCCUUGCCACCUGAACCCCCCAGACCCUGCUGCUUUGGCAAAGAAAAUGACAUUAGGGAGAGGGGAGGUGCCCCACCUCCUAGCUUUUCUUAUUCCCAUAGAUACUGGUGAUCUAGAAACGAAGAGGUAAUUCUGUUUGUGCACCUGCUCUUGCAGAAUGUCCAAGAAAGUAUUCUGUGUUAGUAUUAAUGCCAAAAAAUUUUUAAAGGUUUUGUAUUCAUCACAUCAUGUGAACACACGUUUUUUCUGUCAUUUCAGGGCAACCCGACUGGUUGGAUGUCCUUGUUAUGUGCUAUUUUAAUCAGUGUAUCAUUGGCCAAGUUGUUUCCCAUGUAUGCUAUCACAUGUUUAUAUCGUCCAGAAAGUAUUGUUAAGGCUUUAAGUAGAUGCAACUGGCAAACCUUGGAGAGAGAAUGCCAAGUGUCUUGACCAAAACAACAGCCUGUCUCUUCUCUUUCUGGUUUAGUUACUUAAAGCAAUAAAUCAUCUAUGAGUUAAUGCA